AUGGUCGCACCUGGAAUCACCGGUCGCACGAGACCCACCAAAUUGAAGAAGCGCGAAAAUGUUCAAAAGAGGAAACGCGACGAUGUAGAUGUGGAGAAGCUGGAGCAGGCGGUUCAGGACCUGGACCCCAGAAAUGGCUCAUACAAAGACUUCACAGACCUUCCGCUCUCUGAUCCGACCAAGCAAGGCCUCAAGUCGUCGCAUUUCGCAGUAAUGACCGAUAUCCAGGCCAGGGCCAUUCCGCUAGCGCUCAAAGGCCACGACAUACUCGGCGCCGCAAAGACAGGCAGUGGAAAGACGCUUUCUUUCAUCAUCCCUGUCUUGGAGAACCUAUACCGGUUGCAGCACGUCGGCCCAGACGCAGGCCUAGGUGCCCUGAUCUUGUCCCCGACCCGCGAGCUCGCUAUUCAAAUAUUCGAUGUGCUGCGCAAGAUUGGAAGGCAUGGUCAUAUGUUUGCUGCAGGUCUGCUCAUUGGAGGCAAGAGCUUACAGGCCGAGAGGGAGGCUUUGACAAAGAUGAACAUACUGGUCGCAACGCCGGGAAGGAUGCUGCAGCACUUGUCACAGACAGCAGCAUUCAAUGUCGACGACCUCAAAAUGCUGGUAUUGGAUGAGGCCGACAGGAUUCUUGACAUGGGCUUUCAGCGAGACGUGGAUGCAAUUAUUGAAUAUCUACCAAAGGAGAGGCAAACACUUCUCUUUUCCGCUACCCAAUCGAAGAAGGUCUCAGACCUUGCACGCUUGAGUCUCCAGGACCCCGAGUAUGUAUCAGUGCAUGCUGAGGACAAGAGCGCAACACCCAAAGGCCUCACGCAAAACUACAUCAUCUGCCCUCUCGAGGAGAAGCUUGACACGCUAUGGAGCUUUAUCCAGGCAAGCAAAAAGUCCAAGAUUCUGUGCUUCUUCUCGUCUGCCAAGACUGUUCGAUUUGUUUACGAGUCUUUUCGUCACAUGCAGCCUGGUAUUCCACUGCUGCACAUUCAUGGUCGCCAGAAACAAGGCGCUCGACUUGACACUACCGCCAAGUUCUCCUCGGCCAAACAUUCGUGUCUUUUUGCAACCGACGUGGCGGCCAGAGGUUUAGAUUUCCCUGCUGUCGACUUUGUCAUACAGGUCGACUGUCCUGAUGAUGUGGACACAUACAUUCAUCGUGUCGGUCGAACGGCACGAUACAACCGAGAAGGACGGGGUGUACUAUUCUUAGCACCCAGUGAAGAAGAGGGCAUGCUAAAGCGCCUCGAGGUCAAAAAAGUGCCCAUUGAGAUGAUCAACGUGCGACAAAAGAAGCGCCAAUCAAUCAAAGACCAACUUCAGAAGAUGUGCUUCCAAGAUCCAGCCUUGAAGUACUUGGGACAUAAGGCUUUUAUGACACACGUCAAGUCCAUCUACCUACAGAAGGAUAAGGAGGUCUUCAAGUUGAAGGAAUACAAUCUAGAAGCAUAUGCUGCCAGUCUGGGUCUCCCAGGAACGCCUAGAAUCAAAUUUAUCAAGGACGACAGCAAGCAGAAGAAGCAGGCAUCGAGACAGACUAUCGAGGUUUCAGACACCUCAGAUGACGAGGAAGUCGCGCAAGCAGCCAAGCCUGUACGAACCAAAUACGAUCGAAUGUUCGAAAGGAAGAACCAGGAUGUGUUGGCAGAGCACUACCAAAAGCUUGUCAGGGAUGGAGACGAAGAGGCCCAAGCAGACGAUUUCAGUGGAGCUGGAGCGGCAACCAACGGAGCCAACGACGACUUCAUGGCUGUCAAGCGACGAAUUCCAGCCGACGAAGAACCCGAAGACUUCAGUACCGAUCAAGAUCCACAGAUUCCUGUUGGUGGACGUGUUGUCCACAUUGCUGGCGCGUCGCAACCCAUUGUCAUCGACAGCCAUCGCCGCGAGAAACUUCUUCAGUCCAAGAAGAAGCUCACCAAACUCAUGGACAAGGGCAAGAAGCUCAUCUACGACGAUGAGGGCAAUCCGCACGAGGUUUACGAACUCGAAGACGAAGAGCAAUUCCGUGCCAAGGGAUUGCCCGAAGAGCAGCGACAGAAAUUCAUCGAAGCAGCACGACAAGAGGUACAAAACGCCGAUGUGGAAGACAAGGAGACGGCCAAGGCAAAGAGGAAGGAGAAGUUGCGAAAGCGCAAAGAGAGGGAGAGGGCUGAGAUGGCUGGUGGUGAUGAUGAUGCAAGCGAUGCGGGUGUUGUACUUCCAGAUCCUGGCGAGGACCUCUUGGCAAACUUUAGAGCCGACGCUGAGUACAGCGAUGACGAUAAUGAUGUGUCAGAAAAUGGGGAACAAGAAGAGGCGCCAAAGAAGCAGAAGAAGUGGUUCCAGUCUGACUCCGAAGACGAGGAAAAGGCUGCAAAGAAGAGGAAGAAGGCAAAGGCGUCGCACAGAGUCGAGGAGUUGGAGACGUUGGAAGAUAUGGAGGCGCUUGCUGCUGGUUUGUUAAACUGA